AGAUGAGUCUUGUUAGGCGUUUCCUGUCUUUUCCAAGUGUGUUUGGUGUUGUACUGUAAACAGGUUUUCUCCAAGGAAACGCUCAACAGUCUCACCUCAUCAUCUGGGACUGGAACGUCUGUACCUGCUGAUCUUGGCUGAUUUUAUUAUUGGACUGUUACUGCUGUGUGAUUGAAAUAGCCUGUGUAUCAUCCCCACCUCCACCCCCGAGUUUUUGGAGUAGCUCCGCCCUUACUCAGGUCUCCACCCCUGUGGGUUGAACUUGUCCUUUGUUCCUUCUGGCCACUGAGUAUGUGAGUAAAUGACCCACGUGUACGGAUUGCUAGCCAGAGUGGUAUUUUAAGGCUCCUCUAUUCAGAACAGUCUAACUUAAAUGCUGCUUGGCCGAAGGUAUGGUCCUGGGGCCUGUUCAGGUGCCUUCAGCCAGUUACUGCAGAGACCAGGAUACCUUGCUGCCCUGCCCAGGCAGGGAUGCCACAGAGUUGCCUGUGGCCCAUGUGACAGAUCACUUUGCCAGCUGUGUGGAGGAUGGAUUUGAGGGAGACAAGACUGGAGGCAGUAGUCCAGAAGUUUUGCACCGCCCCUAUGGCUGUGACGCUGAAUCUCAGGCACUCAAUGAAGCCAUCAGGUGGAGCUCCAAGGAGAACUUGCUGGGAGCCACUGAGAGCGAUCCUAAUCUCUUUGUCGCACUUUAUGACUUUGUGGCAAGUGGUGAUAACACACUCAGUAUCACUAAAGGUGAAAAACUGCGAGUCCUUGGUUACAACCAGAAUGGUGAGUGGAGUGAAGUUCGCUCCAAGAAUGGACAGGGUUGGGUGCCAAGUAACUACAUCACUCCAGUGAACAGCCUGGAGAAACAUUCCUGGUACCAUGGACCUGUGUCCCGCAGUGCAGCAGAGUAUCUCCUCAGCAGCCUGAUCAAUGGCAGUUUCCUCGUUCGAGAGAGUGAGAGCAGCCCUGGGCAGCUGUCCAUCUCACUCAGGUAUGAGGGACGUGUGUAUCACUACAGGAUCAAUACCACCACAGACAGCAAGGUGUACGUGACUGCUGAGAGCCGCUUUAGCACCCUGGCAGAGCUUGUCCACCACCACUCUACAGUGGCCGAUGGGCUAGUGACCACACUACAUUACCCAGCACCCAAGUGUAAUAAACCGACCGUCUAUGGUGUGUCCCCCAUCCAUGACAAAUGGGAAAUGGAGCGAACAGAUAUUACCAUGAAGCACAAACUUGGGGGUGGUCAGUAUGGAGAGGUUUAUGUUGGCGUCUGGAAGAAAUACAGCCUUACGGUUGCUGUGAAAACACUGAAGGAAGAUACCAUGGAGGUCGAGGAGUUCCUGAAAGAAGCUGCAGUGAUGAAGGAAAUCAAGCAUCCUAAUCUAGUACAACUGUUAGGUGUAUGUACCCUGGAGCCCCCGUUCUACAUUGUGACUGAAUACAUGCCCUACGGGAAUCUGCUUGAUUAUCUCCGGGAAUGCAACCGUGAGGAGGUGACAGCCGUUGUUCUACUUUACAUGGCCACUCAGAUCUCUUCUGCCAUGGAGUAUUUGGAGAAGAAGAAUUUCAUCCAUAGAGAUCUUGCUGCACGGAACUGCCUGGUAGGAGAAAACCAUGUAGUAAAAGUGGCUGACUUUGGUUUAAGUAGACUGAUGACUGGAGAUACCUACACUGCUCAUGCUGGAGCCAAAUUUCCUAUUAAAUGGACAGCACCUGAGAGUCUGGCCUACAAUACCUUUUCAAUUAAAUCUGAUGUCUGGGCUUUUGGAGUACUGUUGUGGGAAAUUGCUACAUAUGGGAUGUCGCCAUAUCCAGGUAUUGACCUGUCUCAAGUCUAUGACCUACUGGAAAAAGGAUAUCGAAUGGAACAGCCUGAGGGAUGCCCCCCUAAAGUAUAUGAACUUAUGAGAGCAUGCUGGAAGUGGAGCCCUGCUGACAGACCCUCUUUUGCUGAAACCCAUCAAGCUUUUGAAACAAUGUUUCAUGACUCCAGCAUCUCUGAAGAGGUAGCUGAGGAGCUUGGGAGAGCCGCUUCCUCAUCAUCUGUGGUCCCAUACCUGCCUCGAUUACCUCUGCUUCCUUCCAAGACUCGGACCUUGAAGAAACAGGGGGACAACAAAGAGAACGUAGAUGGCGGCCUCCUCGAUGCCUCCGAGAGCCUGGCCUCCAGUUCAGCACCAGCAGGCUUCAUUAGAAGUGCACAGGCUUCCAGUGGGUCCCCAGCUCUGCCUCGAAAGCAAAGAGAUAAGUCACCUAGCAGCCUCUUAGAAGAUGCCAAAGAGACAUGCUUCACCAGGGAUAGAAAGGGAGGCUUCUUCAGCUCCUUCAUGAAAAAGAGAAAUGCCCCCACACCCCCUAAGCGCAGCAGCUCCUUUCGAGAAAUGGAGAACCAGCCCCACAAGAAAUAUGAACUCACGGGUAACUUCUCAUCUGUUGCUUCUCUACAGCAUGCUGAUGGGUUCUCUUUCGCUCCCGGCCAGCAAGAGUCGAAUCUGGUGCCAGCCAAGUGCUAUGGGGGGAGCUUUGCACAGAGGAGCUUCUGUAAUGAUGACAGUGGUGGGGGUGGGGGCAGUGGCACUGCUGGGGGUGGGUGGUCUGGCAUCACAGGCUUCUUUACACCUCGCUUAAUCAAAAAGACACUGGGCUUACGAGCAGGUAAACCCACAGCCAGUGAUGACACUUCCAAGCCUUUUCCAAGGUCAAACUCUACAUCUUCCAUGUCCUCAGGGCUUCCAGAGCAGGAUAGGAUGGCAAUGACCCUUCCCAGGAACUGCCAGAGGUCCAAACUCCAGCUGGAAAGGACAGUGUCCACCUCUUCUCAACCAGAAGAGAAUGUGGACAGGGCUAAUGACAUGCUUCCAAAAAAAUCUGAGGAAGGUGCUGCUCCAGCCAGGGAGAGACCAAAAGCCAAACUAUUGCCCAGAGGAGCCACAGCUCUUCCCCUGAGAGCCCCUGAUCCAGCCAUCACAGAGAGUGACUCUCCAGGGGUAGGGGUGGCUGGAGUGGCAGCUGCCCCCAAAGGCAAGGAAAGGAAUGGUGGGACGCGACUUGGAGUCGCUGGAGUCCCAGAGGAUGGAGAGCAGCCAGGCUGGUCUUCUCCAGCUAAGGCUGUAGCUGUCCUCCCAACCACCCACAACCACAAAGUGCCAGUCCUUAUCUCACCCACUCUGAAACACACUCCAGCUGACGUGCAGCUCAUUGGCACAGACUCUCAGGGGAAUAAAUUCAAGCUCUUAUCUGAGCAUCAGGUCACAUCCUCUGGAGACAAGGACCGACCCCGACGGGUAAAACCAAAGUGUGCCCCACCCCCACCCCCAGUGAUGAGACUACUGCAGCAUCCAUCCACAUGCUCAGACCCCGAGGAAGAGCCGACUGCCCCACCUGCAGGACAGCCCGCUCCACAAACCCAGGAGGGAGGAAAAAAGGCGGCUCCAGGGCCAGUGCCCAGUAGUGGGAAACCUGGGAGGCCAGUGAUGCCUCCACCUCAAGUGCCUUUGCCCACAUCUUCCAUCUCGCCAGCCAAAAUGGCCAAUGGCACACCAGGUACUAAGGUGGCCCUGAGAAAAACCAAACAGGCAGCUGAGAAAAUCUCAGCUGACAAAAUCAGCAAAGAGGCCCUGCUGGAGUGUGCUGACCUACUGUCCAGUGCAAUCACGGAACCUGUGCCCAAUAGCCAACUGGUAGACACUGGGCACCAGCUGCUUGACUACUGCUCAGGGUAUGUGGACUGCAUCCCUCAGACUCGCAACAAAUUUGCCUUCCGAGAGGCUGUGAGCAAACUGGAACUUAGCCUACAGGAGCUGCAGGUGUCUUCCACAGCUGCUGGUGUGCCUGGGACAAACCCUGUCCUUAAUAACUUAUUGUCAUGUGUACAGGAAAUCAGUGACGUGGUGCAGAGGUAGCCAUGGUCAGCCUCGUGGGAAUGCACACACAUCUGAGGGGAGAGGGAAGGGGACUCGUUUUCCUGUGUUCUUGUUUUUUAAAAAGUGAGAGACUGAUACUUGAGUGUGUUCAUGUGAAGUACCUCAGAUCCCUGAAUUCUCACGUUUACAGGUUCAUCUCAAAAUGGCAAAAAGAAAAUCCCAUAAGUAGCUAGGUCAUUUUGGUGGAGCAGGACCGUGUGCACAGAGUUGGAAACUGCACUGGAAAGUAAGGGAGCAUCAUGUAUAGAUCAUAAAAAGCCAGUUGUUCUGCAUCAUGUAGGGCCUUGACCUACAGGUCCUGGAGGUGAUUGGGCUUCAGUUCACCGUGCAAAUUAAAGGAGCAGGAGAAAGCAAAGUUUUAUGCAAGGCUACCGGAAGUGGCUGUUGGUCUUGCUUCCAUGGGCCAUUGCUGCUGUAGCAAGAACCGCAAAUUAGAUUGCUCGAAUACUCAGCUGGGAAACAUGGCCCUUUCCAUCUGCUGUUGUCCUGUUUGCCUUGGGUAUAUUAGCUGAUGCAGGAAGUACAGAAUUCGAGGGGCAUUUAGUCAGAUUGACACUUGCAAAACUCUUACGGUGAUUAGCAGUCACCUCUCCCACUCCUCUAGCGUGUCACUUCCUAAUGGACCAGUAUCCACUCACUGCUUCUUGGUGGCUAUCUGGAAACCUUGAGCAUUUGGGGGCUUCUUAGUGCUUCUUCUAUGUCCCUUGCUGGGCAGGCGGUCUUCCUUUAUUUCUAGCAGCAUUCAGGGCAUUACCUAGCAUCAAUGUUGAAAAUAGUGGUCACUAUAUGUUCUCAUAGGAGAGACCUUCUAUGCCCGAAUACUGACAUAAUGGCCACUUGAACAGCUAUGUAUAUUCUUUUUUUUUUUUUUUUAAUUAGAAUACUAAGGAGACACAGUAUCUUUUUGAAACUGGCUGGGCCCAGAAGCCUGAGACUAAGAAGAGAAGCUUGCUUGAUCCAUGGCUACUUGUACCUUUCCUUACCUUAAUACCCCACACUAAUCUGGGUGGACAGUGGAGAAGAUGUUUUCACUAAGGGCUUGCCUCCAUGGUAUUGUCAUGCUCUUUUUCUCUGCUCAUGUAGCACACACUCCCUUGGCGCUCUGGUGGAGUAUGUGUUGGGAACGUAGUUUACUUAUUUUGUCCUUUCACCUCUAUUUUAAGAGUGCAUUAUAGAAGGAGUGGGUUAUUUUCAGGGAGCACCAGUUAGACUCAGAAAGCUAAGGGUUUAACCUGCAAAUAGGUUUUGCCUUUGAAAAAUGGGCAUUUCCCUUCCCUAAUUACAGUUAUGGAAACUAAUGGGGUAACAUGGAAUAGAAACUUAGAAGGCUACAUAUUGUUGAUGGUAUUGGUGCUGGGUCUAAUUCCAGUUUUUGUUUUUGUUUUUAAUUUUGUGAGCACUCCUUUCAUUCCCCAAAGAGAAUACAAAUACCUUGAUUUUUUUUUUCUUGCAAAAGAGGAUUAAUGUAAGAAGAUGGGAAUCAGCACUGAGCAGUGUUUUUUCCCGACUGUCAUCCAUUUGCUGUCAGCUUGCCGCCCCAUUGUUUGAUCUAUUAAUUGAAGGCAACAGCCCACAUUCUCAAGAGUGUUUUGCAGACUAAUAUGUAGCUCCCUUUGAGAGCCUCUCUGGAGGGCUCUUUACUUAGUGUUGGUACAUUGGGUCGCUUUUCAUUCUUUCCUCUGCGUCACAAAUAGGAAACUUUUGAACUGCUAUGCUUACAGUAAUCGGGCCAGAACCUAAAGGGGAAACUAUUUCAGUUUACAUUGAGCAUCCUUGACCAAGGAAAGAAUUUAAUUUCUUUAGAAAGAAAGGAAAUUUGGAUACUUAGUCCUGCUGCUCCAGAGAAGGCUCAGAGGAAGACGUCUGGAAUGGAGGAUCAGCUCCUACAGGUGUUAGUACGUCCCCACGGCUGCAGUGUGGGCAGCUAGGGGUCAGGUCAAUGUCCUUGUAGGAGUUGGAAGAGAAUUUUCCCACCUGUUCACCACUCCCCACCACAGUAUGCUCCUAUAAACUUGAAUCUAUUUUAGCAGUUCGGCAGCCUUGUAUAGGUGGGGAGGAGAAAGCUAAGGUUUGAGGCCAUUAUUAAUGCUGCUUUUAAAGUUUAUCCCUACCAUAAUAGUAUGUUGUAAGAGAUGUUUGCUGUUUUCAGGUUUGGGUCUUGUUUUGUUUGUUCGUUCAUUCGUUCAUUCGUUCAUUUUCCUUUCAGAGUUCUGUAGACAGGCUUGGAGAAACACUACUGAGUAUCUUAGCUCCCUGCUUUUCUCAGUCUGAGGGGCUGAGUCAAGGCCAAGUCUCACUGAGGGCAGUACAAAUUCUGUCCUGCUCAAAGUGGGUUAUCACUAAAUCCGUGAGUUGAACUGACCUUUUUCUCAACACUGUCCUGAGUAGCACUGACUGUUGUAACACACUCCACAUGAUGCAUGAACUGUGUGGCUUUCAGGGAUUGAGGCCUCAGGUCAAGGUGGCGCUGACAACUUGCUAUGAAAGAAUUAUUUAGGUUUUUUUAUUUUUAUCUACCUGCAAGGGACCAGCUUAUACAAAAAUCAGCAAAUUAUAAGCAAAAUAUAAUUAUAUUCUCUGCUUUGAAUCUAAAGCAGAGAAAAUUGCUCUUAGAAACUAAACAUGUAACUUAACUUUCUGUGUAGCCUGAAAACAAAGCAGGAGGCAGCUCCUAAAGUUUCAUCUGUGCAUAUCUUGCCACAGCGUCCUGACUUUCCUACACGAGUCGUGUGGGUUCAGUUGGAUUCCCUACCUUCAAAUGCUGUGUUCUGUAUUGAAUAAUAUAUCCUAAUUAUGCUUUCCAGGAAGCCUUUUUUUUUUUUUUUAAAGCUUCGGCUACAAUUAUGUUUCACAUUUUCAGGUGAUUUCCAUCAUGAUGAUCAGAGAGAGAGAGAGGGAUAACUUAAAAUGGGCCCUUUAAAAAGAUGUGUUUUGUAGUGAAUUGAACUGAACUGAACAUGGCACACCAAGCUGUGAUCUAUCACUCGAGAAACUAAUUGGGUCCUUUUCAGGAUGGCCUCUGUAUAAGAGCCUCAUAGUGGAGAUGAGUUUCCGACAGCAUUUUAAGGUUUCAGUUAGAAAUGUUCCUACACCUAGUUGACAGUUGGCUCUUAAAAGUGUGUCUUGUUACAAUGACGUGCUUAGGGGAUGCAGCAGUGCCAAUAGUGUGAGGUGAUAUUUAUAGAAUAAGUAGCUAGGUGCCUGGUGCACACUGAGCACUCCAUGAAUGUUAACUGCUAGUGUUCACUCCUAACCAGGAGCACACAGUAGUCCUCCACGGAAAUGGGUGAAUUAGCCCCACUCUAUACUGGAAUUCCAAGUGGGGUAAGAGAGUAGCUAGUGUGUUUCCCAAGGACUUCUACAAGUUUCAAACAGUCACCACCAUCUGAACAGAAACUUUGUGUCUUUUCUGUACAGAAGAAGAAACUGGAGGGUGGUUGUCACUAGUCCAUUAUCUUGGAGCAGUUAGUGGCGGGGCUGAGGCUGAGGCUCCUGAGAAUUCAGGAGUCUUGACAGUGUGGCAUUUCUCCACCACACCUGCUGCCUUGUGAGAUGCUCGGCUAGACAAUCAGUAUCCGUAGUGCUGCACACUUCUAAAGCACAGGCUCUGGAGGGCCCUGGCCAGGAAGGGCUUGGAUGUUCAGUAACAGUAUAGCCAAACAAGCCUUUAGUAGAACUCGGUUAUAAAGCCAACACAGCCUCUGUUCUUCUAGACCUCAGCCACACAGAAAUCUGCACUUUGUAGUUAAAAAUGCCAACUUGAGUUGUUUGAAAACAAAAGAAGGGAGGAGAAACAGUUCUACAUUCCUUUUUGUUCAAAAAGAAUCUGUUGUUUGGUGUCAUUUCAAUGACUGUGGGAGAAUGGGAAAGCACCUUGAGAAAUAAAUGAAAUUCAACUCUAAAGUUGGAUUAUGAGUAUCUGUAGAGGUUGAGCUGACCUGGACCUGCAGCUAGAGUGUCACCUCUAUAGUUUGCUAUAGAAUUAUAUAUGAAACUGCUAAAUGAAUAUGUAAAGAUACUGCAAAUGUUUGCUAAUACUUCAGAGCUGAGGAACUUCAGAAUAUCGGGGACCAGUUUUUUGGUUUCAUUCUCAUCUUUAAGAAGUAGUAAAGUGGUGGCAUGUAAUCCUAGCACUGAGGAAGCUGAGGCAAGUGAAUCUCAAAUUCCAGACCAACCUGUGUUAACCCCAGGUUAAUCCCUUUGGAACCCAGCAGCUUGUCCAGGCCCUUGAUUGGAAGAUGAAGGCCCUCUUUGUUUUGAGCAGUCACCCGUACAUGCCCAGCUCUUAGUGUCCUUACUGUGGUGAGAGCAGACUCACUUUCUGUUCGUGUUGACAGUGUCUUUUUAAAACUAAUAUCCUGGGAGACUUUCUAGAAUUUCUCUACUAGUUAUAAAUGACAUUGACAUUUAUUAUCUCUCCUUUUUAAAAACAAAAGUGGCUGAGCUUAACUACCUGUUAGAUAAUCAUAUACUCAAGUAAGUCACGUGGAGGCAGGCAGCUCCCAUCUAGCUGCACUCUGCAUUCUAACCACCCUGUAUUCUUUAGUUAGCCGUGUGGAGUGACUUCCAUCUAGCUGCACUCUGCAUUCUAACCACCCUGUAUUCUUUAGUCAGCCGUGUGGAGUGACUUCCAUCCAGCCGCACUCUAUUCUAACCUCCUUGUAUUCUUUAGUCAGCCGUGUGGAGUGACUUCCAUCCAGCUGCACUCUAUUCUGACCUCCCCAUGUUUUGUCCGUCUUUGCUAGUGAGAACACUGACAUCAUUAGGCUGUGUCUUCCAGGGAGUUGGUAUUGGGUUAACAGAGUCAUCUUUAUUUCUGUUCUUAGUGAUUUGUUUCAUCAUCUUGCAUGCAUUGACUUGCUUCUCCUGGAUCUGGGAGCCAUCUUUAUACCCUCAGCAUCUGCUAUGGCCAGUGCUUUUUGUAUUUCUUGUCAGCUGCCUUAUCUUCAUCAAGCUGGUAGACCUUGAAAAUAGUUGUUUGGGUUCUGUGGGUGCACAGGAGCCUAGAGUAAAGCAGUUCCAUGGGAACUGGGCACAGACUGGCCGGGCCAGCCCAAGGGUUCCCAUGGCCCCCAUGCUGCUAGCGUUGAGAGGCAAUGCUUGGGAUGCUUCUAAAACAUCCUUGGGAUGCUUCUAAAACGUGACUCACUCCUAAUGUCGUGUGCAUAGACACUGUUUUCCAGCGUAGGGGUCAGUAGUGCUUGGAGUAGUGGUUCCGGUCACCUGCAGAGUGGCCCACCUUCACUGCCAUUGCCUGUGAUCCUGCUACUGAGGAGGCUGGCUUGGCUAAGCCUGCUCAAGAGCAUUGGCAGCCGAUUCUUGGCUCCAGCUUGUCUUUAUAAGGCUGUGGCUUUCUGUGCCAUGUGUGCAUGUUCCAUCUUGACUGUGUGUGCCAUGGUAACACUUUUCAUUUGGACUAGCUCCCCAUGUGACCCGGGAGGAGCCUGCGCUGUGCUCUGGAUAAGGUCUGGCAGUUUGUCUUGAUGAGAAGCUGACAGAGUGGCAGAGGUCAUGCUCAGAGGUUUGUACCUUCAAAGAUUGGGUUCCUGAGUGUUGUUGGGAUUAUGACUUGCCUGCUGGGCUGGUGUGCAUAACUAUUGAGCUAGAUCUGGUUGAAACAAGCUUCAUCAGGGCUCAAAGUUCUGGUUGGUUCAGACUCCCUCGACCCCACUCCACCCCCACCCCCCCCCCCAGUCAAAAUGCCAACUGGCAAAUUGCUGCUUCAUCUUUCUCAGCCCUGUGUGAUGAGCUGAGGGAAGGAGGCCUCUUCUAGGCCCACCUCCCCCUCCACACACACUUCCUUUGCUCCAUGGAUACCCGUAAGUCAGACUGUUUACCCCUCAUAGAUAAUAAUAAUCUCUCUUUCCCUGGUGCUGAAAAACCUGGACACAGUAGCAGAACCCUGUUAGCCAGAGAGGACAGUGACACACUGAGUGGGUCUGCAAAGCUGCCACCAUCCAAGGAGAAGUAUGUCCACCUAUCCUCAGACCGUGGCAUCUUCAGGGAAGAAUGGGCUGUGCUCAGUUACUCAGCUCUUCCCAGAGUACAGACCCUAAUCUUCAGGACACAGGGGAGGCACUGUCAAUGCUAACAAGUUAGUGAAAGAAACUACAGAGAGUUUUGUGAGUGGAACUUGCUUGGGCUUGUUUCUGGGGCCCUGAGUAGGAGUUGAACAUCUUGUUUUUAGGGACCAUACAAUUUAGUGGCAAGUGGGACUUAAUAAGACUUUCACAUAGUUUUCAGCAGUUAUAAAUAUGUGUAUUGUUGAAUCAGAAUACUGCAGAGGGCUGCAAUGCUUCAGGGUCCUUAGUUCCUCACAUUGGGCUUGGUAUUCCUAAGACCCAUGCUGUCUGUGUACUGUGAAUGGUCAGGACCACAGGAACCAGCAUUCUUCGAUCUCCACGCUCAGCUUCCACUAUGCCACCUGAACUCUAUCAUGAGAAGCAUUCGCUGAGACCUUGAGAAAUGACCUUCAGGAAGAAAAAAAAAACAUGAGUAUUCAAAAACUAAAGAGAAGGGGAGGUACUCAUCACACAGCUCCUGAUCCCCUCUCUCUGAGGGCAGAAGCAGUAGUGCAGUGAGCAUGCUGCCCUGCACAGCCCCCUGAGCACACUGCACACACAAAGCCUUCCUUGUAGACCCUGCACUUUCUUUCCUUUGCAAUCGGACUCUGUAAUGACUAUCAGUGGAGAAACCCCGAUUUUGUGCUUGCUUGGUUAAAAAGUCAAUUCGAAUGUUUUAUGGUGGUUGAUAGAACUUUGUCCUAAAACUUGCUAAUUCAGAUUUUUAAAACCCUAAUGUUUAUACCAAAGGUUACACUGCAGGCGUAGGUGGUGCACAGAGGGUAAAGCCCACAGUGGGCACUGUGUGCAUUGCUAAGGGGACACAGUGCCUGGUGAGACCAUACGGGAUUCAACUAAAACAUGUCAGUCAUGGGUCACACUACCACUGUUGUCAAGUAUUUGUUCUUAAUUGUUACUGUAAUAUAUUUUCGAUUGUUUUUCUAAUUUAAUUCUCUCACUCUGUUGUCUGACUGUGAACUGCUAACAGUGUUAAACUUGAUGUAAAUAAAUGAUGCCCUUGGCAGGGACUGCUUCCUGUCGUAUCUCACAUGGUUUGCAAGUUGUGUUUUGUUUUAAUAAAGGUUGAAAUAUUUUAUCGGCAAA